AGAAGGGAGACAGAAAGACGCCCGUUUUGGUCACGGCAGCGCACGUGAUGCUUAGUCAAGUUCUUCCCAAAUUGGCAGUCGAUCUCCACUUCCAUCAUGAAAAUCCGAUGAAUGGACGCCGAUAGAGUAGACAGUACUCAUCCAUAGGAUUUCGUUCCGACCCCUUCAGUCCCUGAAACUUGGAAACAUCCUCGCUGUGAUCUAAUACGGCGAGGGUCGAUGGCUACUAAUCUUCGUUCUUUGUGAUCAGAAGAAUGAGGAGCGUUGCCCCGGAUGGAGUACACCAUCCGAGGACGCUGUGGGCAGGAAGGAUGCCGUGAAAGACGAUACUACCUUGACGAGGGUAUCUGGUUUUGUAGACAAGGUCAUCAACAAGAGGGGCGGCAAUACGAAGCAGAGUACGAUCAAUAUGGGACGCAAGGCAAGACAAAUCGAAUUAAAAAGGUGGUUGCAGAGAAAGGCCACAGGACCUACCGCGGUCGCCGGGCUUAUACCCUCUUCUUACAAGUUUACCAAUUCAUUCUCUGGAAGCAAUGCUAUGCCUUGGUCCAGGCUCGGGGGUUUCCCGAGCAAUUUGAGAAUAUUGUCCGUGAUUUAUGGGCUCUUCGAUUGGAGACGUAUUCCAAUAAGAUCAAAGAAAUCCCGGAAGAGGAUGAUCAGCCCCAACUUUUCAGCUCGCAACCAAAUACAGAUGUUGAGAGCGAACCUGAAGACUUCAAACCCAAAUCGAAUUGGCCCAGGCUAAUUGACACCGUGGGUCUUUGUUACCUGGCCGCUCUACUUAUGAGAAUCCCUGUCAGUAUUUGUGGUAUGCACCGGUAAGUCAUGCCAUUGAAAUGUACUCUGAGUGUCUAUA